AUGCCCAACGUGUAUUUUUUUGUGGUAUGCAGGAACUACAGGUGCAGUUGACAUGUUUUCAGUCAACUAAUCAGAGCCCAGAGGGUGAAGCACCACAGUUCAUUCGUCUAGAAGUACCAUUGCACAUCAAACCAACUGAAAGUAUCUCCAAGCUCUGCUUACAGUCAAUGGUGGAGCUGCCUGAGAUCCUAUUCCAAGAAGAGAGAGACAGCUAUGAUUUGACAACUAAGCUCAAAUUCCUCAGUGUCCUGGCACAGCUCAACAAUAAGGCUGUUCUUACUAAAGCUUUGUGUCACAUCACAGAAGUGGUGUCAGGCCCACUUGUUACCUCCCUGGAACAGCGGAAGGCUACCAAUGUCAAGAGAUGUGAUGAACUGAUAAAGGAGAAGCAGAUGCUAAUUGCACUGCAGUCACGUUCAUGAUGUAACACUAUAAUUAUUUUAUCCUUUGAAUAUGUGUAAUUAUGCUGUUCAUGAAAAUUAAAUUAAGAUUUUUAAUAUUAAUGAAUAAUAUAGCUGAAUAAAAUUUGCUGAAUGUGGUAUUUUUUUCUUUUUCUUUUCCAUCACAUUCACUAAAAUUUUAAACAAUACUAGAGUAAGGUCUGAAGCUCAGCUACAUAGGACUCACUGUAACAUAGUUGCUGGAUUUGCAAUGCAGUUUGAGUGAACAUUAAAUCUUUAAUAAAGCAACCAAUUAUGAGCAUGCAAUAAUUCACUGGGGUAGAUUCCAGUGGCUCACAUGAUCCAGCCUGGUUACUGCUUAGAGGAUGGUUUUCUGUUGCAUGCAAUUCAUGUAUAUUAAAAAAAAAAAAAACAGAACUACCACAUGUGAUAUUUUAAUUACUCCUUUUGUAUCUUGCAAAGAGGUCUUUCUUAAAAUAUUAAAUUCUU